GUACGAUUAACGUGAAAUACAAGAGAAAAUGACGAAGUAAAAGAGAUAAAUAGCGCAGCGUGCAUUCGGACACACAUCAAGUGUUUGUAAAUAUCAACAUGGCUUCCAGCUUCUACCACUCCAUGGUACCUCAGCCUACAUUUGUACCGCCUGCUCAGAAUACCGUACAAGAAGCACCAAAGGAAAAGAAGAAGAGGACGAGGAACCCAGAGAACUGGAAAAAGGAAAAGAGGAAACGAGCAAUACUAGCCGGCCAGGCCUACGUCAACACUAAAGGAGAACUAGUAGGCCCUCGCGCUAUAGGCCCGGACUGUAAUUGUAAAAAUAAAUGUUUUUUGGCCGUGUCCGACGAAAAUCGUAAUGCUAUAUUCAAUGGAUACUAUUCCCUCAAUAGUUAUGACGAGCAGAAUGCUUACCUCUAUGGGCUCAUUCGUCGCCACGACAUACAACGCAAGCGGAAACCAGUUUCUGAACGGAGAACUUGUUCCUAUAAGUACUAUAUUCGUAUUAAAGGAAAGGAGAUUCAGGUGUGCAAAAAGGCCUUUGCCAAUAUCCAUGGGAUAUCAGAUAAGAAAAUCCGAACUCUUUGUAUCAAACAUGAACAAAACAUCUUAUUCCCGAGAGACAAUCGAGGAAGACAUCGGAAUCGACCCAAAAAGGUAACCCCUGAGUUAGUAACUCUGAUCAAGCACCACAUACUAAAAAUGCUGUCGGGGCCCAAUGGUAGUGAUUACAUCAAGACUGACAAGAAUCAAGGUCCUGAUGUCAAUAUAUCUAAACUUCAUAAGAGCUUCCUUCAGCAGUAUGAACCUGAAGCCAUCGAUCCAGAGACUGAUAAAGUCAUCAAAGAUUACGAUGCCAAGGUGAAAUCAUGGUUAUAUUUUAAAGUAUUCCACGAGGAGUUCAAGUCUAUGGACUUCAACACAGUGAAGCGCAAACUGUCUGACCUGCGCAAGAGUUUAGAAGCUUCAGGAGCACUCCAAGCUACCAAAAAGAAGGCUAGCAAACAGUCGCGUCCACGACCACGUCCACAUGAGAACCAGGUUGCUCGCAAUGCCGCAACUAAUGAUGCCUCCACGUCUUCAGGUGUGGCGGUGUCAGCUGCACCCACCACACAGAUGGGCGGUUACAUGGGUAGUCAGCAACCGCCACCACUUCACCCUAAUCUCCAGUUGAGCGUUCUUGGUCUUCAACACCUGGGAAAUAACGCUCAUGCUGGAGCCGCUUUUAAUCCAGCGGCAGCUCAACAGCCACAGCAACAGCCUCUCAAUCUCCAGACUGGUGGUAGCGGGGGUCAAGGUGGUGAGCAACCGCAGCCACAACCUCUCCCACUCAACCUACAUUCCAUGGGUGGACACGUGCCUUCGUACUACCUCUCUCUAGGCCACAUGUCAAACCUUAUAUCUCUUCCUGUGUCAUCUGGAGGAGGAGUACAAACAAAUACUCAGACUGGCAACUUCCCUGCCCAGCAUAACAUGCAGCACUUUAACCCAGGCACCAUUAUACCCAGUCAUUCCCUUUCACAAACUGCCCCCGGUCCAGGAGGACAACCGCACCUGCUUCAAGGUGGUGUAGGAGUUACGUACACUGGCCCACAACACAACCACACUAUGUACUGACAAUCUUAGCAGAUAGUAUAUUCACAAUUUUAAUUAGUAAUCCAUUACUAAUACCAAAUGCGUGCGUGUGUAACGUUACAUGUACAGUACUGUAUUCAUAUUUGAAUUUUGUCCAAAUAAAACAUCUAAAAAGAAAUUUGGUGCUGACAAUGGAAAUGUUAGAGAGUCAAGAAGCAUAUUUUUGAUCCUUAAUCGACAUGAUACACUAUACAUUAGGUUCCUGACUUCUGAUACUCUGUACUUACGAUUGUGGCACUCGCAAUAGUGGCACUCUGGAACCAGUUAAUUAUGAAUGCUGAUCUGCAGUUAUAGUCAUUACAGAUAUUCAAAAAUUUUAAA